UUUCUUUCUCUUUUCGUUGUUACCCCUCUCUCUAUAUCUCUCACUCGUUAUUCUUCCCUGCAUUUUCUUACUCUCUAUAUUCUCUGCGCUUCUUCCGUUCUCUCUUCACCGUCCAUAUCUCCACUGUUUGUAAUUCUACUUCGCCACUAACCUUUCAUAAGCAAGCCCCUCCUUCAAUCUUCCAUCUCUCCCUCACACGCUGUCUAUUUUUAUAUAUCUUUCAGCUACUUAUUUUUCACAUCCUUUCUUUAUCUUUCACAUAUCAUCUUCGACUCAUUUCCCCCACAUCUCUUCCCCGCAAUCAACUAUUUUCCUUCACACUCUCUCAAUCUCUAACAUUAUCCUCACCCUCUCUAUUUCUUACUCGCUUCUUCCUAUAUCCCUUUCAUACGUCUGUCUUACUCUCUCUCCUCUACUUAUUUUACCCACCUUCUUUUCCCCUCUCUCUUUCUCACUCUCACUCUCUCUCUCUCUCUCUCUCUCUCUCUUCACUCACUCACUCUUACUCAUCUUUUAUUCUUUUCUUUCACUCCGUCUCUCAUUCUCCUCCCUUCCUCUGUAUGCCCAGACCAUCAUGAGUCGUCUGUACGACAACCAACCUCUACAGAAUCUGGCUGUCAAAACCUACAGCUGGGGCAAAUUAUGGAAUCCGACCCCAUACAAAAGUGGCUGUGGUGUUAUAGUAGAAGGCACCAUCCAAGGUCGAUCUCGGCUGGCAAUCACAGACAUAGACAAAAAUAAGUUCCGUUAUGUGGUCUUGCACAUUGCCUGCCAGAGAGCUCACAAGAGAAAGUUUGACGCCACAAACAAAGAAAUUGAGCCAAAUUUCAGUGAAACUAAGAAAGUCUCGACUGGUUUUCUCAAUUCUUCUUACAAGGUGGCAGCUGUCGGUGAAUCUGAUGCUUUGAAAUUAGAAGACCUGGUAUCUUUGAUCUGCAAAGAGGAAUUGAAUGCCCUGACAAUUAUAAGUCAGCCUGAAGUCGAACGCCAAGAGGAACUGAUUUCAUUCUGGAUUGAAGAAACUCAUACAAUGAAGAUGGAACUUGUAGAAAGUGACCACAUCCGGUUAAGGACGUGUGGGGACUCUCCCUUCAUCGAGAGCAUUGUCAAGCUGGACGCAAACGGAGAACCAGUGACGGUCGGUAACUAUAGUGGCGGUGAGGACAUUGGAUCAAGCUGGACACAGAAAAUCAUGAACCUGAAACUGACCGACGCACCCAGUACAGCUGUAGCUGCGGCCCAGGGUGAAUGUGCAGGUGAUGAUGAAUGGGAUGACUAAGACAGACACACAGACAAAGGUGGACAAACGUGCAGGAAGAAA